UACAGUACCCACACGGCACCGACAGUCCGACCAGCGCUACGCUGGUUAUCCGGGGAUAUCGUACUACUGCUGUUUCUCCUCAGUCUAUCUUGCUCUCUCUUUUCAGCGGAUUGACACAACAGAGUAGAAAAUAAGAAAAUAUUAACGCACAAAGCCAAAAAUGGCAGAGCUUGGAGCGGGGAGCCUGCUAUCGGGGGAUCCUGCUUUUAACUAUCAAGAGCAUGAACUAAACGAACGAUUGAAGCGGCUGUACCCGGCCGUGAAUGAGGAAGAGACCCCCUUACCCCGAUCUUGGAGCCCCAAGGAUAAAUACAGCUACAUCGGUCUCUCUCAGAACAAUCUGCGGGUGCAUUACAAAGGCCAUGGAAAGAACCAUAAGGAUGCUGCGUCUGUGCGUGCUACUCACCCCAUCCCCGCAGCUUGUGGCAUCUACUACUUCGAGGUGAAGAUUGUCAGCAAGGGCAGAGAUGGGUACAUGGGAAUUGGCCUGUCUGCCCAGGGGGUCAACAUGAACCGGCUGCCUGGAUGGGACAAGCAUUCAUAUGGUUACCAUGGCGACGACGGACACUCCUUCUGCUCCUCAGGGACUGGCCAACCGUAUGGCCCGACCUUCACGACGGGCGAUGUCAUUGGCUGCUGCGUUAACCUCAUCAAUAACACCUGUUUCUACACCAAGAACGGCCACAGUUUAGGUGUGGCUUUCACAGACCUCCCGCCAAACCUGUAUCCCACAGUUGGCCUGCAGACUCCGGGCGAGAUUGUGGACGCAAACUUUGGCCAGCACCCUUUUGUUUUUGACAUUGAAGACUACAUGAGUGAGUGGAGGGCUAAGAUCCAUGGCAUGAUCGCGCGCUUUCCCAUCGGAGAGAGGCUGGGAGAGUGGCAAGCCGUGUUGCAAAACAUGGUGUCCAGCUAUCUGGUGCACCAUGGGUACUGUGCCACUGCCACAGCCUUCGCCAGAGCCACAGAGACGGUCAUUCAAGAGGACCCGACUUCCAUAAAAAACAGACAAAGAAUACAGAAGCUGGUUCUGGCGGGGCGUGUAGGAGAGGCUAUAGAAGCCACACAGCAGCUGUAUCCCGGGCUGCUAGAACACAACCCCAAUUUACUCUUCAUGUUAAAGUGUCGGCAGUUUGUGGAGAUGGUGAACGGUACAGACAGUGAGGUACGUUGCUUUAGUGUGCGCUCGCCCAAAUCCCAGGACAGCUACCCCGGGUCCCCCUGCCCGAGCCCCCGACAUGGGGCCAUCAACCCCCACCUGCACAGCACAGGUGCAGACAGCCCCACAUGCAGUAAUGGGGUCACCCCUCCCAGCAAAAGCAAGAGCCACAACAAAUACCCGGGCGUCAGCUCAGCCUCUUCCUCCUCCUCGUCCUCCCCCUCCUCGGUCAACUACUCCGAGACAAACUCCACCGACUCCACCAAGUCCCAGCCUCACAGUGCCACAAGCAACCAGGAGACCAGCGACAGUGAGAUGGAGAUCGAGGCAGAGCACUACAGUAACGGAGUGACUGAGAACUCAUCCGCCCGGAUCAUGAAUGGCACCUACAAACACCAGGAGAUCCUACAGGCUGAUGAGAACAGCCUGGGCAAUGGUGUGGCAGAUGAUAACUGCCCCUCCAGACAGCUGUGUGGGGGCAACCAGGCGGCCACAGAGAGGAUGAUCCAGUUUGGCCGCGAGUUGCAGGCCCUCAGUGAGCAGCUGUGCCGGGAGUACGGCAAGAACGCCACCCACAGAAAGAUGCUGCAGGAUGCCUUCAGUCUCCUGGCGUACUCAGACCCUUGGAACUGCCCGGUGGGUCAGCAGCUUGACCCCACACAAAGAGAGGCCAUCUGCUCCGCACUCAACAGCGCCAUCCUGGAGUCCCAGAACCUGCCCAAGCAGCCGCCUCUGAUGCUGGCACUGGGCCAGGCCACCGAGUGUGUGCAGCUCAUGGCCCGAGUCCGCUCCGGAUCCUGCUCCUUCGCCAGAGUGGACAGCUUUUUGCACUAGCACCCCGUCAAGGCAAUGUUCAGGACCGCUAAGAAGAGGACCUUUCCAGUUGGUUGCCAUGUGGACAGCACGCGUUUUGAAUUGGUGUGUGGCUUGCCGUUUGCCAGAGGCAGUUGGGCAGAGGAAUGUGCAGAGCAGGAGAAGAGAGGCUUCUUUUUAAUUUAGUAUUAUCAAAUACAAAAAAAUGUGUGACACUAUUUAAAGAUAAUUAAUUAUUAUUCUGUUUCUCUAGUCUUUUUUUUUUUUAGUUUAUAUUUUGUCAGUUGGUUGUGCUCACUUUGGAAACCAAUCUAAUUCCGUUUUUCUUUCUUUUUUUAAAGGGGUGGAUUCCCCACAUAGUAUUUUUAAAUGUAUUCCAUAUCAAGGAUCUCCAUUAGCAACUGUUGUGACAACAAGUGACAUAGUCCGGUUUCUCUCACUCAGGACUCAGGUAUUCAGACUCAUUAUGGCAUUGGGGUAUUGCACAGAGGUAUAUCUAGCAGUAAAAAAAAACUCUGUCAAGUAGUCCAUGCUCAAGUGAUUUGAAUAAAAAGAAAAAAAUAUGUCCUCAGUAGCUUACUAUGGGCAUUCAGUGGGGUGGCCCAAAAUAGUUCCGGGUGCUGUUCAUCAACUGAUAUGUGUGAGUGAGAGUGCACAAGGCUAAGAUUAUGUCAUGCUCCCCCCUUCUUCUGAGGGAAGCGUCUUAGGCACCAGCUAUUACAGGGCACUGUCAGAGGGUGGCGCCACCAACAUAAGAGUAAAUCAGAUUUAUGUGAAGGAUAUUUUUAAUUGUGUUCAUUUCAGGGGGUGAUGACCUCAACAUUAUAGAGAAUUUACCUUUGAUUUAUUAAAAUGAGAGGUCAUCGUUAUACGCUGAAGUGCAGAAAUAAGUUUAAAAUCCAUUAUUUCAGGCCAUAUGGAAAACCCCCUGUGGUGUUUGCGUGCUAAUAUUAAAGGAUUGAAAAAAGAUUACAUGGCUAAUAGUUGGCUCACUCAUUUGAUGCAAUGACUAUUAUAGUAGUGCACUGACCUGUUAUGAACAACUAAACCAUGAUGGCCCUACUUAUAUAUUCUUAGCAGAUGACCAGGCCAUGGCAGUACUGACUAAAGCUGCUAUGGAGGUACAACCCUGUGGCGGGAGUCACCAAAUUACCAAAUGUCUCUGGAGAUUGGAUAACGGUGCUCUUUGCAGAACGCUCAUUCUGCAUUCCUAUCAGUUUCUGACUUUUUGUGGCUUAUUAAGGCCGGAAAAAAAUAUAUAUUGUUUGAAAUAUUAAGUAGGUACAUACUAGUGUUAGAUUGGUUUGAGUUACCUCCCUGGAUUUAACAACAUCCACACAAGUAAGGCUCUGUGCAAAUGCAAUUUCUCAACCAAUAAAUCAUGAGGUCAUAUCUUAUCUAUGCUGAUAUGCCUAGCAGAAUAUUCUUUAAAGGGUCAGGCAUUGACCUGGCCUGUAUCCUGUUUCGAUUCGGCCCUUAUCUGUAUCAGUCAGAAUUUCUCUAGUCUGCUGUCAUCCGGGCUCACACCCCUACCACCCCCUUUUGGCCUUCACAAGCUCUGUUGCUACCUUGGCAAUGUAAACACUGACUCGGUCACGAUGGGACACGUGGCUACAACCUCAUUCAUUUGUUUGAUUUCAUGGUGUAUGUAUGCAGCCACUGUUUAAAUCUGUUGCUUUUCAUUUACAUUCUUUUUCAUCUCUCUCUCUCUCUCUCUCUCUUACUUGUACCUUGUUCUUAUUAACUGACUGUCUUUUAGCACACAGAACAGAAAAGAGACUUUUAAUCGAUGUAUAAACCCAGUAUUUCGCCCACCCAGCAGGAGGUGCUCCACUGUGUUGAAUGUAGCUUAGCCGGUCAUUUCUGUUCUUAGUUGCUGUUAUUUUUUUUAUUAUUUCAUCAAGUUUGCUGCUGGCCUCCUUGAGAUUGUUUGCUACACCCACAUAUGGACAUUGUCUCUUACACACACACUCACAUACACACCUGUUCUGACGUUGCAUUGAUGUUACACCUAUAUUUCAGUUAUACCUCACGUUUGUUGGCAACCAUGUAAUGCUUGUUUGUAUCACAUAGAUCAUAAGCUUAGGGGGGUUUUAAGAUGGGGAGGUGGGAGCGGGCCUCAUCCACAGUAGCAUAUGUUUGGUAUCAGUUCACCCCUCGUAGGAUAACGUGUCCUUCAAAUACAGAGUUCCCAAAAUUCUCCAGAGAGAGAGAAGAAAAGAGAACAACUAUGAACACUGCAUUUUAGACCAUUCCCCCAUUUCCACGUAACAGGUUUAAAUCAUUUAAUAAUAGGAGCUAAAAGCCAAAAAAGACAUGUUGGUAUGUCUUUGAAAGGUAUACUCUCAAGACUGCGAAUCCCUUUUCUCCUUUUGUGAUGAUAUCUGAAGUUCUGAGGCAUUUCUUUUCUUUUUCUUUAUUUUAUAUAAAACAAACCACCCAUACCAAUCCUCAGUAAUGUUCAGUUGAGAUGAUGUGUGAAUAAAGUUUAACUCCAGUAGAUGACUUGAUGAAAUCAUUCAGUGGCGUUAUCCUAUUGCAUGGAGUCUCAUGUGUACCUGCUAACAGCCAUACAUGUUUGAUACCGAAACAUGAGAGGAAAAAAAUCAAGAGGCUAACUAGGCAUCAGGUCGACAUCUCACUCAACUGUAAGUAGAGCGUUUUGCCUCGAGAUUGCUUUUUUCAUGGCAAAUGUAUUUUGGAACUCAUCUUAGUAACCACCCAAAAUGUAUAUUGCCAUCUUAAAAAAAAUAAUCUGUAUUAGAAAUUUAAUAUCAACUUCAAGUGCAAAUAGGGACCUUUUGUGGGGGAAAAAAGAGAAUCUUUUUAGACUUCUCUUUGAAAAAAUGUGUUCAUUUUUUCAAAUUCAUCCACUUGUCUUCUGUAUCCCUGUGUGCCUCAGAGGACUAGAAGCAGGACACAUGAAAUUAAACUGAAUACAACAAGCUGUGCACAGUUUACUUCUGUUAUAAUUUUACAUUUAUUUUGAGUUUUCAGUUUAGCAAUCGUGAAAUGAGUUACCCUCUACUUAGCAUGAACCUUUUUAAAACCUUUAAAACAUCAUAAAAAAAAGAAAAACAAUUUUAAAAACAUACCUAUGUACUGGAAACAUGAUAAAGAAAUAUUGUACUCGUUUAAUUUUGACAGAAUUAUUUUUAUUAAAAUACACAUCCAUGAGCAUA